AUGACGACACGUAAGAGAAGACAAGAAGCCGGAGAGGAGGAGGAGCUUCAGGCUCUCCCUAGCGAUCAGAGUGACGAGGAAGAAGAGGAAGAGUUCGAAGAUGAAUCUGAUUUUGAAGGAGAAGAUGAUUCGGAAGAGAACGACGAUGAAGAAGCCGCUGCUGAAGAACCAGAACCUUCGAUUAAACGACGUAAGAUCACACGGGCUCCUGCGAAGAAGAAAGCCGUAGAGGAUGAGGAGGAGGAGGAAGAAGAAGAAGAGGAGGAAGAAGAGGAAGAGGAAGAAGAAGGAGAUGAUGAAGACAAGGAUGGUGAGGGAGAAGAAGAUGAUGAGGUAGCUGCAAAGGUUGCUUCGGCCAAAGGAACUAAAGCAGCACCAGCUGAGGCUGACUAG